AUGGCUCGCAAGAAGGUGAAUCUCCAGUGGAUCGCCAAUGACUCCACCCGCCGCGCAGCGUUCAAGAAACGAUGCAAGGGCCUGAUGAAGAAGGCGAGCGAGCUGGCCACCCUCUGCGACGUCAAGGUGUGCGUGCUGGUGUACGAAGAGGGCGAGGCCCAGCCAGAGGUGUGGCCCUCCGUCCCGGAGGCCAGGCGGCUCAUCAACCGCUUCAAGACCAUGCCGGAGGUAGGUAGUUUGAAAAAGAUGCAGAAUCAGGAGGACUUCCUGUGCAACCGCACCUCCAAGCUCUAUGACCAGGUGUGCAAGUCGCACCUUGAGAACCACGAGCGCGAGACCAAGUACCUCCUCCAUGAGUCCAUGGUUGGUCACCGUCAGGGCUUCCACGGCGUCUCCGUCAAGGAGCUCACCAACCUCGGCUCGAUGGUGGAGACGAAGAUCAGGAACGCCAAGGCACGCCUCAAACAGCUCGUCGGCGGGCAGGGAGCCCUCCCAGUGCCAUCGCCGUCUCUGGCACCUGUGUCGCCCUCGUCCCAGCCUCUGUUUCCCUACACCUACACCGAGAUUCAUGCGCCGGCGCUAGCGGAGGAGCUCCAGCUGCGGCCCCAGCUGCAGGACUGGCCCGCGGAUCAGGCCCAGAACGGAGGGGAGCUCGGAGCCGUGAUCUGCAAUGCCUUUGCCGGUAGCAGCAGUGGCUGCACUGUCCCCAGUGGCAGCGGGGUUGACAUGAUGCAACCUUCCAAUCUGGACGGCUCUGCAGGAUUUCCAUGGUUAUGGGAUUCCUUCCCAACCAUGGAAUAA